AUGAGUUUUUUCAGAGUUUCCCGUGCUCACUACGACGAGGACAAACUGAUAUCCGCCGCAAACAUGAGUCUCGUGGCUGAAGGACAUUUCAGAGGCAUGAAGGAGCUUCUCUCCACCAUGGAUCUUGACACGGAUGCUAAUACCAUUCCGGAGUUAAAGGAACGUGCCCAUAUGCUCUGCGCUAGAUUCCUUGGCGGAGCAUGGAAGACCGUUCCAUUGGAGCACUUGAGAAUUAGUCGCAUCAAGGGUGGAAUGAGCAACAUGCUCUUCCUUUGUCGUCUCUCUGAAGUGUAUCCACCAAUUCGCAAUGAACCUAACAAGGUACUUCUACGCGUGUAUUUCAAUCCGGAGACCGAGAGUCACCUUGUCGCGGAAUCUGUCAUUUUCACUCUUCUCUCCGAGCGUCACUUGGGACCAAAGCUUUAUGGCAUCUUCAGUGGAGGGCGUCUCGAGGAAUACAUUCCGUCGCGUCCGUUGUCGUGCCAUGAAAUUUCAUUGUCUCACAUGUCGACCAAAAUUGCGAAACGUGUCGCUAAAGUUCAUCAAUUGGAAGUUCCAAUCUGGAAAGAACCAGACUACUUGUGCGAGGCGUUGCAAAGAUGGCUAAAACAGUUGACUGGAACUGUGUCUGGAGAGCAUCGUUUUGAUCUUCCUGAGGAGUGUGGUGUUUCCAGUGUCAAUUGUCUGGAUCUUGCUAGAGAAUUGGAAUUCUUGAGAGCCCAUAUCUCUCUCAGCAAGAGCCCAGUUACGUUCUGUCACAAUGACUUGCAAGAAGGAAAUAUUCUUCUUCCAAAAGCUUCUUCUGGAAACAUCCGCAUGCCUUCGUUAUCGGACGAGACUCAGGCUUUGGGCAACAGUCUCUCUGCAUUCAAUCCGGCAGACCCACGUCUUGUCCUUAUUGAUUUUGAGUACGCCAGUUAUAACUACAGAGCAUUCGACUUUGCUAAUCACUUUAUCGAGUGGACCAUUGACUACGAUAUCGAUGAGGCACCGUUCUAUAAGAUUCAACCGGAGAACUUCCCAGAAAAUGAGCAGAUGCUCGAAUUCUUUGUGAACUACCUUCGCGAGCAAGGAAACACUAGAGAGAAUGAGCUCUACAAGAAAUCGGAGGAUCUUGUUCAGGAAACUCUUCCAUUUGUUCCAGUUUCUCACUUCUUCUGGGGUGUUUGGGGACUGCUUCAAGUUGAACUCUCACCAGUUGGUUUCGGAUUUGCGGAAUAUGGAAGAGAUCGCUUGUCACAAUACUUCAAGCACAAACAACUCCUUGAAAACCUCGCACACCAGUAA